UUCCCGCCGUCUGCUUAGUGUUGUGGCAAACCCCGGACUUUGCCAGCGCCGGGAGGACCCUGUCCCAGUGCCCUCGCUGCUACCUUCAUGGUUCCUGCCCCUCCAUCUUCUCUUCUCCAGAAACGGGACCCUGACUCUUCCUCGCUGAGUCCUACAAUGUGGUUUCAGGAUGCUCCGGUGUCCCGUCGAUGUCUUGCUCUGAGCUUUAAAGCAUCUUGGCUGCUGGUGCUAUUGAGUCUGGGCACUGGCUGGCAAGGGGGGUUGGCGCUGAAUUGCCCCAAGAACUGUGUCUGUGCCAGCAACAUCAUCAGCUGCUCCAAAGCGGACCUGAAAGUCUUCCCUCAUCACCUUCCUCAUUAUGCUGUUGUCCUGGACUUUAGCCACAAUCAGCUGACCCACCUGCGAGCAGAGUGGACUCCUUUCCAGCUCUCUCAUCUCCAUUCCUUGUUCCUCAGCCACAAUGGCCUUCACUUCAUCUCCACCGAGGCCUUCAGCAACGUCCCCCACCUGAAAUACUUGGACCUUUCCUCCAACGCCAUUGAUUCACUAGGAGAGAAUAUCUUCAGCAAAUUGAUUGAGCUGGAGGUGCUCCUCCUAUUUAGCAACAAGAUCUCCAAGAUUGACCGCUCAGCUUUUGAUGAUAUGGCCAACCUCCAGAAACUGUACCUUAGCCAUAACGAGAUCUCCCGCUUCCCCCUGGAGCUGGUAAAAAAAGGAGAGGCCAAACUUCCAGAAUUGGCACUGCUGGACCUUUCUUCCAACAAGAUCAAGAACCUGCAUGUGAAGGAGGUCAAUGGGCUCCCAGCAUGGAUGAAGAAUGGCCUCUAUGUUCACAGCAACCCUCUCAGCUGCCAAUGUGAGCUUUACAAUCUCUUCACCCACUGGCAGAAACGGCAACUAAGCUCAGCUAUGGACUUUGAGGAAGAGCUCCAAUGCUUGGAUCAGACCAAGAAUAAAAACAUCACAAUUUCCAGCCUGUAUGAUCCAGAGGGCAUGAACUGCAGUGCCUUCAAGGAGCAAGCCCUAGAGUUCCACCGCGGGGACAAGGUAACCAUCAAUUGUGAUACCAGGCAACGAGGAAUGACAGUUAAGGAAUGGGUGACACCCCGAUAUGAGCAUAUUCAACAGGAGGACGAUAAUAACACCAUUACUCUGCUGCCAAAUGGAAGCCUUCUGAUAAGUAAUAUCAGUAUAGAGGAUAUGGGUCUGUAUACCUGUUAUGCAGAAAACCAGGUAUUCAAUGAGACCCUUUAUGUACAAGUCACAGUCCAUAAUUAUACCCUUCAUGGAGUCCCGGAUAUGCUCAACACAGCCUACACCACACUAGUGGGCUGUAUCCUGAGUGUCAUUCUUGUGCUCAUCUAUCUUUAUCUGACUCCAUGCCGUUGCUGGUGCCGCAGCAAUGAGAAACAGGCUAACCAACAAGAGGACAGUAUCAACUCUUCAGUGCUCAGCACCACUCCGAAUCACAAUGCUGAAGUGACUGGGGACAAGGAAGGAUUAAAUCGGAACACAGUGCCAAGCAGAGCCCAAGGCCAGAAUGGCAAAUGCAAACCCACCAACUCCCCUAAACAUGCACCCAAAGGAGUCCAGAAGGUAGAGAGAAAAUUGUCAGAUCCAGAUUCAGUCAGCUCAGUCUUCUCUGACACUCCCAUUGUGGGACCCUCACCAAAUGAAGGCGGGAGAGGAAGUAGUAGGGACAAGGCAGGGACUGAAUUAGUUGGACUGCUGUGAUCAUUCAGGCUAUGAAAGGAAAGAACAGGAACAGAUCCACAUCUUUACCAUCAAGCCAGGCACUAUUCUAUAAUCUGCCACAGUCUGUAACAGCAUUCCUGUUUGGUCCCCUUCUUGUUGUGUCCAUUGUUGAAAACCUGAUGUCUCAACUUACUCUCCAGCAGUUUCUGAACCUUCUGGUUUUUUGUUUUAUUUUUGGAAUGUGAUCUUUCGGUUCCCUUGCAUUAGAAGUUUGCAAACAUCCCACUGAGAAAAAAAGAGACAAAACAUGAAUAGUCGAGAGUACUAACUAGGUUUUUUGCAUCCUGCUACUGCAUUUUUAUUCCCCCUUCUUUAAGGGAUUUUGCUCCCAAAUAUCCAUGCAAGUCUGAAAUUCAGAUGAGGUCUGUUCGCCUAUUGCAGCCAGAAUGUUAUGUGUCAUUUUAUAAUAGGGCCAUAAGCCUUCAGAAGUCCCUUCCUCAGAGGGAUAAAAUAAGCUUAGAAAUCAUAUUUUAGCUAUCUCUCAUGCAAAUUAAAUUAAAUCAUAUUAUCCACCAUAGCUCCAGCUAUAGUGAUAGUCCCAAGUAGCCAAGACAUUGUGAAAAACAAAAUGCCUAAGUAGGGUUCUUUUUUUGUUAACUGUUGCUAAAUCAUUUUUUAAGCAGCAAAUGAACAUUUACACUAUACCAGAUUUCUCAGGACAUAACUCAAAAUAUUUUCUAGAAAGCAAGCCUGUUUUGUGUGUUGUGCAAGUGAAAAAAGAUGGGAAAAAUAGAUAUAUAACAGUGAAAGUUGAUACGAUGCUCUCUCUUCCUUUCUCCCAUCAAGAGCUUAGUGAAAAGGAGUUAAAUCCAAAGAUUUUAGACUUCAGAGCAUCAAACUGCAAGAAAGAACCAGCAGCCUUGGGAACUGGUAAGCUGGAAUUCUGCACCCCUAUCUUGCUUCCUCUAAAAUGCAGCAACAACAAGAACACAACAUGGCUGGAUGCAAUCUACUGCCUUUCCCUUUCAGCUCUGGCAGCUUAAUAGUCAGAUUCCAAUUACAGAUUAUGGUCAAAUUUUAGCACAUCUUCACAUCCUUUCAGAACUUCAGCAAGACCGGAGCCUAUGGCAAGCUAUAUAGCUCCAGAACUAUUUGAUGCUUCAUCAUCUUCAACCAAGUUUUUCUCAUGUUUAUUUAGGAGAUCAAGUAUGUUCCAGAUGUUUGGGGUAAAGGGAAAUUUUAUGAGCCAUUCUAUUUUAGCAGGAGCCAUGCAACACAGCUUUGUAAUCUGUAGAUAGGAUAAAUUCUAGUUGGAGAGAUUUUGCCGGAAGCUAUGGACUUUGAACAUCCUCCUAAAACAAACAGCAUUGAGCCUGACACUUAUCUAAUUGUUUGAUUAUUUUAAAAAAAUUAUUCCUCCACAUAUUUAAAUUGACUUUUACUCCCACAGGGGGGUAUAUAGAAACAACAAAGAUAUAAGAAGAUUGUUUUCACAAUAUUAUGAUGCUUCAGUCCACAUUAUCUUUAUGAGGUGAAAUAAUCCAAACUAAGGAUGAAUCUUGCUCCUAAUACCCUUUCUCAGGUGUCCCGCCCCCCAAAAAAACCCUGAAUGUUGCCUAUCCUGGCCAGUUCAGAGUUCUCCCUUUACUAUAGGUGGACUAGAGAAGCAUAUGGGGUCAUAAGGAAUUCAUUAAAGGUAUAUUCCUUAACAUACUGCAAAGCUUUUCAUUUGCUCUGGAUUCAUAAUACAUUGCUAGUUACAAAUUACUGGUUGCUUCUGGAUAGAGAAGGACAGAAGAAUAGAAUAGGUGCAUAUGAUACAAUAAGCCAUAGAGUGUUUUGCACAAAGCUAUGAAUGGCUCCAGUUACCGCUCUUAAUGAUCAAACAGCCAUAGCAAGUGUGAUCGUAUCACCAAGGCUCUGCCAUCAGUUUAUAUGAGAACUAAUCUAAACUAAUCCGUUGGAACUCAAAGUGAUCCUUUAACCAGAGAAGCUAAUCUCUCUCACCUUAUCUAGUUAAAAAUAUCUCUUAAGUCACAGUUAGCUCCUAGUGAUACCAUGGAUGUGUCCAUUCAUUCUUUUUGCAACAGUAUAUAAAAACAGUAUGGUUUCCAUUCCUUUUGCUGCAAUUUUUUUAAAAACUUCCCAUCUAACUUAAAGCUUUAGGAGUUCCUAGUAAUCUCCCAUCCAAGCACUAACUAGGUCCAGUUGUGUUUUCAAGAUAAAUCAAGGUUCACUAAGUGCUGACAUCUUCUAUAAACUUUCACCAAUUAGUUCUGGAACUGUCUAAUUUGUCUUUCUUAGUAUAUUAGGAGGAAUGAAACUUCAAAAUAGAUUGGCCAUUCAGAAAAGCAUAUCUGCAAACUCACAAAAGAGUUGGAUUAGGAAAGGGUGAUUUUUAAAAAAAAAUAGAGCACAUGAAUGAAAAUAAUUACAUGGGUGAUAGUGAGCACAGAGAGAAUUUAGCAAUAAACUAGAAACGACCAAUUUUUGUAAAUCUGUUCGUGUGGAAUUUUGGGCAGUUUUCAUGUUCAGGACUUCCUCUCCUCUGGACCUUGCAGUAGGCUAAUUUCCUAGAACAUUAGAAGUUACUUAAAAGUAAGAUAAGAAUACAAUAAAGACUAGUGCUUUGGAAGGAAGGAAGGAAGAACUACCUUGCAUUAGAAUGUUAUAGGUUGCAUUUUUUUUCAUGUUAUGACUUAAUUUAAUUUGUUGUAAUACAUCUCAUUCAGAAGGAAUUCAGGCGGAGAACUUCCUGGGUACCUGAUUGUCAUAUAUAUGGAGAAAGUUUUAUAGCCUGAAUGCCAUAGAUAUAAGUUAAGAUAAAAUUAAACUACAGAAAUAUAUAGUACAGGAGCACAGCUUAAUCUCAGUGUAAUAACCCUUGCACAAAUAUUUACAUUGGAUGCAUCAAUACCAAUUCUAUCACAUUCAGAAUAUGUGUUAUCCUAUUUGAUGGAAGCUACCUGUCUGAAAUUAGGCCGACUUAGCUAUUAUGUAUUCUCUAUUUUGCCUGGCCUCUGGGAGUUUUUUAAAAUCACAAGACAAAGAUUUUCCCUGCCCUGGUAUCUCAGCUCCAUAAACUAGAAAUACCAGGGAUUGAACUAGGGGCCUUAUGUUCCUAAACAGCAGUUCAGCCUCCAAUUCCGGUUGAAUAUUACUGAAUUAAGACACAAUGAAAGCUUGGACUAAAGUGAGAAUGUAAACAGCCUACAGAUGUUUCAUGAUGCAUAUGUGUGCAAGUAUGAAUUAGCAUGUGUGGGUGUCCACACUUUUAAUCCCAACUCUAGCUUUCAAUAUUUGCUAGAUAAACUUAGAAUUUAGGCAGGAAUGUCAUUUCUAACUAUUUUUUAGGAGAAUAUACAUAGGGUUUUCUUGCAUGAAAAUUUUGAUUUAACAAAAUUAAAAUAGCCAUAUACACCCUUACUAGUGUUGGAGAUCACCCUCUUCAUGUCUUCCCGGUAAACUCGAUCCACCAAAGAGAUCACUAAAACUACUUUAAGAAACAAAACAUUCCUUUACUCUUUAAGAUGAGCAUGAUCCUCCCAGUGGUAAAUUUUAUCCCGCACAGAGAAAGUCAUCGGGCAGAAAGUUUUAGACACCAACAUAUAUAAUGAGGAAAGUGUUUAAGUAAAAUGACCAGUAGAACAGCAUGUGAUCUUAAAAAAAUAGAACUCAUUACUGUUCUCUCCUAGAGCCUCUUGGCUCAAGCAUCACUUGUUAUCUCUAGCAGUAAAUAAGCAAAAGGAAGUAGGUCAUUUUUCCACCACAUAACCUUGGUUAUGAAAUCAGUAAAUAGAAAACAAUACUUCCUCCUAUCUCCUAUGUGAUUAAUCUUGUUCUGAUGUUGAUUCCUGUACCGUUAACUCUAACCUGGAGGUAAUACUUAGUAAUCCCUACCUAGUAUUUGUAAUCGUAAUGUAUCAAGGAUACUGACUCCAGAUAAAAUUAGUUCUACAUUAUUUAAAAUUUCUCACACUAACCAGAAAAUAAUUUGGAACCAAAAAGUGGAAACAGCUUUCCUCUUAUUAUGUCCAACUCCUAUUUUCCCUGCUUGGUUAAGACAGUGAACAUAGCUGAUUUAGAAGAGAAAGCUGGCCCAUGGAUGGAUAAAGCACCACACUGAUAAUUACUAAGUAGCUUUUUAUAGUAUUCUGCCUGUAUAGGUAGGAAAAGAAAUCACCUACAAGAUUUUCCUGUGUAAACUAUUGGGCUAAAGGAAGGAUCCACCCACAUUUCAAGUAGUGUCAGAACUUUUUGUCUCACCAACUCUCCUGCUUGUGCCUGUUGUCUGUACAGUCUAAAUGCAAUUUGUCUAUAUUACAGUGGCAGAAAAGGAUACUCCCAUUCAGCACUUUGUUUGGUACCCAAAGGACCGUAUAUAUUUAUUGGAAUUACAGAGCUGUUAUGGCUGAGGGCAUCAGGGGUUACUUUUUAAUAGCAGUAAACGUUUGGUGCUAACUGCAAAGAUCCAUUUCUCUCUUGACUGGACUUUCUAGUCUGCUGAAGAAGAGAGUAGCUAGAUUUGUACAUCACGCUAAGCCAGUAAUGUAGUUGCCCUUGUUUUGGUUUAGCAUAUUGUAUAAAUCCAGCCACUGCUUUAUAAACCAUGGGUUUUGGCUCAGAAAGCCAACCACUAUGGUUUAUUUAGUAAGUGAUGGUUAAACAAACCAAGAUGUGUAGCAUGAUCUGUGAACUUACGUUAGCACAUUAUCUCCAGUUCCAUAAUCUGUCAUAUGCUCCUACAAGCAAGCAGAAAAUAAACAGUCUUUACCCACUUAGUUUGACCUUCUUGCUUGCUCAAUAGUGGCUACUGUCUUUAAGAGUCUGCUAAAUCAUAGCAAUGUUAAGCCUUUCCAGAUUUAUGUUAUUUAUACCUGCACGUCGAAAAUCUUUGUUUUAUUUGCUACUUUCAUUUGUGCCAUCAGAAAACAAUAUUCCAUAAAAAUUGAAGAAUGAACGUCAAAGAUAAAUGUCUUUUUCUGAGGACAGUUGUGCGUACAAUCUGCUCUGAAUUGUUGAUGAGGCCAAAGCAGGGAUAACAAGUCAAUUGAUCUAACAGGCUGCACAGAACUACUUAAUUUUCAUUUUAAAAGAAAACCAGUGGAUGAACUUUCCAUUGUUGACACUUAAGUCAAGACUUUUGCCUCUCAAACGUUGAAGAGAGCUGCAAGCAUGAUUUAGCAAAAUGAACGGUGUGUCUGGGGCUCAGAAUUUGACAGCAAACCAUUCCAAAUGCAAAUUUCUUAAAAAUUGCACAUCCUAAAACAAGUCUUAAGGCAGGGAUUCCCAAUCUUGCCAAAUUUAAGACAUGUGGACUUCAACUUCCAGAAUUUCCCAGCCAGCCAUGCUGACUGGAGAAUUCUGGGAUUUGAAGUCCACACUUCUUAAAGUUGCUAAUUUUGGGAAACCCUGAUUUAAGAGAAAGUGCAGAUUAAAUUUGUGCCAGGUCUGAGAAAGGGAUAUUGCCUCUGCUGAACAAUAGAACGACAUCACAGAUAGCUCAACAAAGCAAAAUUACUAGUUUGCUUAUAGUCCAGCAUGGUCUUAUCUCCUAUUUUGUGACUGGCAGAUCAAGCAAAAGUGUUCUAAAUUUGCUGAAAUGCUUACCUAUGUCAGGCAACAACAAAAAUCCCUUAAAUAAAUUGGAUUGAAUUUCUCUCUUAGGUAGUUUAUACUUUCUAAUAUAGAAAUAUGUGAAAAUAAAUCUUAUUUUGCUAAUAGGCACCCUGGGAUCUUCUGCAUUUUCAUGUCCAAAAUGGUUAGUUACAAACUGAAUAUAUUCAGUAUUAUCAAAAUAAGGGAUGUAAGGCUUGGUCACAUUUUCAGAGACAUUUCACUAGACACCAGUUUAUAAUGUAGCUUGUAAUUGCAACCUAUAAUGUUUGGUGAUUUUUUAAAAAACAGCCUAUUAAAAAGAUUGCAGGUUUGAUUUGGUAAUUUCCUAAAUUGGUGAUAAAAUUAUGUAAAACAGUCAAAAUUCACCAUCUAUUAGAACUAAAAUGAAGUUUACUACAGUAGAUAUAUACUUGGAUACAAUGGAUUUACAUCUCAUGCAACAAUACCAGGUGGAUUACAAUACUUAGUUUGGGUUUAGAAUGUUGUAUGAAUCUUGUUAUGUUCCACAUGUGGAGCAAACCUAGCUUUGUGUGACAAAACAUCAUUUAUAGUUGUUAAAGCAAACAGACUUACUUUCAAUAGCAGUUUACUUCUCCCUCCUCUCUCCAGUGUUCCCCUUUAGAGUAUUCAUUGACUUUUCUUCUUGUCUUAGGUAGCCAUUCACUGUACCAAACUGUACACAAACAUUGGAAGGUAAUAGGUAGGCUUAAAGAAACAAUGGUAUGGGCUAAAUAAAACAUGGCAAUUUGGGCUUAGAUGUACAUAAAAUAGAACUGUAAAACAAUUUAUUUCAUAUAGAGCAUAUGAUCCUGUAAGAGCAAAAAUGCUCAUGCAGUGAACUGAACCUUCCCAGACCAAAAGCACUGUAUACCCAAGAGAUAGCUGCCUUUAUUCAUUCAUUCAUGAAAGAAGAUGUUACGGAAGAAUCAUUGUGCCCAUUUGUGCUUUGCACUGAUAAGGAAGGAACAAAGACUAAGGAAGUCUACGUGGCCAAAGCAUUCUCUUGGCCACUAAGCGAACAGCAACAAUAGACCUCAAGAGACAAUAUUGAAUAAUGUGCUCAUAUGCUGCAUUCACAUCAUAGGCUAAAGAGUCAGCACAUGGGGAGAAGAAGGUAAAACAGUACCUUCUAGCGCAGAAAGUAGUGCAGAACAUGCACUAUUUUUUAACAAAAAACUAAGUUAGGAAUUUCCUUGAGAGUUUCCUCUGAAUUUUAGUGCUUCCCAAACUAACACACCAAAGCACGCGCACGUGAGCGUGAAUGCACGUGUGUGUGUGCCUGAACCUCCAAAAUGUGAUGCAAGCAACCCCCGUGCGUGCGCCCUGCCUCUGUGCAUGCACAUGUGUUCCCCACACAUGCACGUGAAUUCCCAUGGAUUUGGUCCCCCCGUGUAUGUGCCUCGCACCCUGUUUUGGCUUCCGGGUUGGUGCAGAAGGCCUUCCAGGCCCAAAACGGGGCGGGGGGGGGCACACAAACCCUCAAAAUGCAAUGCGAGUCUACAUGAGCACACGCAUCCCCCACAUGUGCCCCACGUAUGCAUGGCAGAGGCCCGAAGACCAGCUGGCUGGUGGGAGGUGUGCAUGCAUGCACAGUGGAGCUGGGCUGGGGUGAAGGCUGGCGUGCCCUUAGAGAGAGCUCUGCGUGCCACCUGUGGCACGCAUGCCAUAGAUUUGCCAUCAUGGGUUUAGGAGGUGACUAAUGAUUAUAUGCCACUUAAAGUCUACCCUUAGCAACCAAGUAGAUAGAUAUUUCUCCAGGAUGGCCUGUCUCCAACCUGGUCUUUCAGUGGUGCACCAAUUGCUGCUGUACUUGAAUCCAUCCUUGCCCGCUGGUAAUCCUUUUCUUCUCUUCCACCUUUCUAAGCAUUGUAGACUUUUCAUGAGAGCAAACUCUUUGCACAAUAUAUCCAUAGUAUGAACUUUUAAGAUUACUUAUUUCUGGUUUAAGUGAGAACUCUGGGUUGAUUGUUCUAGAAUUUGCUGGUUUUCUUUGCUAUCUGGGGAUCUCAGUUGUCUUCUCCAAUACCACAAUUCAAAAACAUUAAUACCGACUAUAUCCUGCUUCUUGAAAGUCCAACUUUGGCUUCUGUAUAGUGUCACAUGGAAAACCGUUGCCUAAGUGAUUCUAGUCUUUGUAGAUCAAGACACAUUGUGGCAUCUGAAUGUCUUUUCCAAAGCCAUCCGCGCUACUCUUACCAACCGCUACUCUAGGGCAAAUUUCUUUGUGGGUUUCUUUACUUCUGAGAGUAAUCCCAAAAAGUAGAAUUGAUUUUUUAAAAGCCUCAAUUGAAGUAUUUUUUAAAAGUAUUGCAAGUUGGCCAGUAAUGUGAUUCCAUUAAAUUCCAUUAAAUUCUCAACAAUUGAAGAUACUUUGUA